AUGGUUUUUGUAAUGGUUGAUGGUAUUGGAGAUACAUCAUUACCACAAUAUCAAAGAAAAACAACACUUCAAGAAGCAAAUACUCCAACAAUGGAUGCUAUGGCAUUUGGUGGUAUUAAUGGUGCAAUGGAUCCAGUAGAACCAGGUUAUGCAUGUGGUAGUGAUACUGCCCAUCUUUCAAUUCUAGGUUAUGAUCCAAGAACCUAUUAUAGAGGCAGAGGUGCAUUUGAAUCAAUGGGUGCUGGUUUGGAAAUGGUUCCUGGUGAUAUUGCUUUUAAAUCAAACUUUGCAACUUUAGAUACAAAAACAGGUAUUGUACUUCAAAGAAGAGCUGAUAGAAAUUUUGAACAUCUUGGACCAAUUUUAUGUGAUUAUUUAACUGGAAUUAAAUUACCAUCAUUCCCAGAUUAUAGAGUAGAUGUUAAAUAUGCAACCGAGCAUAGAUGUGGUGUUAGAGUUAGAGGUCCACAUCUUACUGAUGCAAUCAGCGGUACUGACCCACUUAAAGAUAAUUUACCAUUAUUACAAGCAAAACCAUUAAACGACUGUCAUGAUGCCAUUUUAACUAGUAAAAUUGUAAACGAACUUUCAACUGAAAUUCAAAAAGCAUUAGAAAAUCAUCCAAUUAAUGUAGAAAGAAGAAAACAGGGUUUAGCAGCAGCAAAUGUUGUAUUAUUACGUGGUUGUGGAGUUUGCGUUGAUGCACCAACAUUCGAACAAAAGUAUAAAAUGUCAGCAUUCAUGAUUGCACCAACUUGUAUUAUUGCUGGUUUAGGUAUGUCAAUUAAAAUCGAUAUCGUUGAUGCACCUGGUGCCACUGGAGACUAUCAUACAAAUUUACAAGCAAAAGCAGAUACUCUUUUAGAGAAUUUAUUAGAAGAUUCAAAUAAAUAUCAAUUUGGUUUCCUUCAUGUUAAAGCUGUUGAUGAUGCAGGUCACGAUAAAAAUGCACCACUCAAAAUUGAAUUUUUAGAAAAAGUUGAUAAAAUGUUAUCAUUUAUUAUUACAAAAUUAUCAGAAGCUCAAAGAAAUAAAAAAGGAAAUUUCACAAUUUGUUUAACAGGUGAUCAUUCAACACCAGUUUUAACAGGUGAUCAUUCAUAUGAACCAGUACCAUUCACAAUUACCAAAGUUACUAAUGCCGAUAAAAUUAUAAAUAAUCCAAAUAAUGAAACAUUUGUCAAAAAUCCAAAUGAUUUCAUUGAUAAUGUUAAUAAAUUUUCAGAAAUUGAUUGUAUUGGUGGUGUUCUCGGUAGAUUCCCUGGUUCACAAGUUAUGAACAUUAUUUGCCAAUAUAUGAAUAAUUAA